AUGGUUAAUUAUUUACUUUUUGUAGAUGGUAGUGAUAAUAGUAAUAGAGCAUUACAAUUCAUAAAGAAUAAAUUAUUAAAUUCAAAUAAUAAAGGUGAUAAAAUUACAUUAAUGCAUUUUGUACAUCGUAUUGAAAACUCAUGGUUAAAUCCAAUCUCUGAUAAUUUAAAUAAACUUUCAAAUAUAGAAGAAGAACAAAAAUCAAAAGAUUUAGAAAAGAAUUAUAUUGAAAAAUGUAAAAAAUCAUUUCCAGAUGAAAUUCAAUGGAGAUAUAUUAGUAUAAUUAAAGAGAAUGCAGAGGAUGUUAUUGAAGCAAUUAAAGAACAAAAUCCAGAUAUUGUUGUAGUUGGAACUAGAGGUAAUGGAUUUUUAAAGAAAAUGUUUUUAGGUAGUUUUAGUGAAAUGGUUUUAAAACAUUCACCAUAUCCAGUUUUAAUUAUUCCAUAA